CAUCUGACAUAGCUUUCUUUUUAAUGGUGAAGAAACAGAAUAGAUUUCUUAGCACACCAGUCUCAGAGACAAAAAAAAGUAAAGAAAAAAAUAGCACUUCUACUUUACCCACAUCUGGACCCUGCCAGUGACAACAGCCUGCAAUAUGAAAGCCACAUGCAUACUGAUCUUGUUUUGGCCCCUCUUCAUGCUAAUACUUUCAGAUGAAAGCCAGACUUUUAAAACAGAAGUCAAAUGUAAUUUCACUAAACAGAAUUAUUAUUUGAUUCCAGCGGAUAUCAAUAAAGAGGUUACUGUACUUGAUCUCAGUUAUAACCAAAUUACUCUGAAUAUUACAGACACAAGUAUUCUACAGAUGUAUUAUUUACUCACUGAGCUCUACUUGAUUGAAAACAGUGUCAUCAUCUUAUGUAAUAAUAGUUUUGGUAACCUCUCCAAUCUACGAAUUUUAAAUAUCUGUAGAAACUCCAUCCACAUAAUUCAACAGGGUGCAUUUACAGGCUUAACUAAAUUACAACAGUUAUAUCUAUGCCAGAACAAAAUAUUACAACUGAAUCCUGAUAUAUUUGUGCCUCUUAAAAACCUGAAAUUUCUGAAUCUGCAAGGCAAUUUGAUAAGCUAUUUUGAUGUACCACAACUGUUUCAUCUGGAAUUAAUCAUUUUACAUGGAAAUCCAUGGAACUGCUCCUGUAGUUUACUGAAUUUGCAGAAUUGGCUAAACACAUCCAAUGUAACAUUAGAAAAUGAGAACAUCACCAUGUGCAGCUACCCAGAUAAACUGAAAUACUACAGCAUCAAAACAGUACCUUAUAAGGCUGAAUGCUACUCAAAACUUCCUUCACCUAUAACUGAAGACCUUCAGAUUAAUUUUCAGUCAAUUAGGAAUUCAACAUUUAAUAGCUCUUUGAACAACUUAACAAGAAAUUCAGAACAUGGACCUCUUGGAAAAAGCUGGGCUUUUCUUGUUGGUGUUGUAAUGACUGUACUGGUGACCUCUCUCCUCAUUUUUAUUGCUAUCAAAUUGCCAAUAUGGUAUAAUAGUCUGCUUAGCUAUAAACAUCAUCACCUGGAAGAACAUGAAGUAGAAACCUAUGAAGAUGGUUUUACCCAAAAUCCAAGUUCCCUUUCACAGAUACCAGAUACAAACUCGGAAGACACUACAGUAAUAUUUGAACAACUACAUUCAUUUGUAGUGGAUGAUGAUGGGUUUAUUGAAGACAAAUACAUAGAUACUCAUGAAUUAUGUGAAGAAAAUUAA